CUACCUGAUGGAGCACUGUGCUGGCCACAUCCACAGCGACAUCUCCCUGCCCACGCUGCAGCCUGGCCACAGAAGGGCUGUUUUUGCUGCCAUGAGUCAAGUCCUCUCCAAGAUCCACAGUGUAGACCUCAGAGCAGCCAAGCUGGAGGACCUCGGGGAGCAUGGCACCUACAUUCAGCAGCAAGUUGAGACCUGGACAAAGCUGUAUCGAGCCACAGAAACUCACCUUAUCCCAGCAAUGGAGAGACUCAUCCAGUGGCUGCCUCUGCAUUUGCCUGAAUCUCAGAAGACAACAGUUGUGCACGGUGAUUUCAGGAUGGACAACCUGGUCUUUCAUCCAGACAGGCCAGAGGUCCUUGCUGUCCUUGGCUGGAAACACUCAACUCUAGGAGAUCCCAUCUCUGAUCUGGCAAAUAGCUGUAUGGGCUUCUUCCUGCCACCUCACUUCAAUGCACUGAGAG